AUGGGCCUUGGAAUCCUGGAAUCUUCAAGAGUUCAGACAGUCCCCGGGACCGCCUUCAUGUAUGAUGAUGCCAGUCGACCGACGCAGGACGGGCAACUCGAGUCGCGGCGACUGAAGUAUGAUACUACAAGUGGUCCUAUUCCCGUCAUACUCGUGCCACAACCUAGUGACGAUCCAAACGACCCUCUAAAUUGGCCGUUAUGGAAACGUGAUGCUAUCCUCGCCAUCCUAUCAAUCCUCUCGGUCAUUGCCUCCACAUUGAGUCCUUUGCUCGCUGCAAACACUGUCACACUAUCGUUGCUCUUCGACAAAGACUUUACGCAGAUGGCACUUGCCACGGGUUAUCAUCUGCUAGGAGUGGGCGUGGCUGGCUUCCUUUUCGUAGCCUCCGCGCGAGUUUGGGGCAAGCGUCACUUAUUCUUGCUGGGUACUGUUCUUAUUGUUGGCUCCAGCGUGUGGGGAGGUGCCGCCGGGACAAAUUACAAAAGCUUGCUGUGGGCAAGAAUCAUUCAAGGGGUAGGGUUGGCGCCGUUCGAGGCGCUGGUCAACGCAAGUGUGGGAGAUCUCUACUUCAUUCACGAAAGAGGUAAACGCAUGGCCUGCUCAAAUCUUGCUCUGUUUGGUGGAGCCUUUUUCACACCCAUUUUGGUGGGAAAGAUCACUCAUACCAUAGGCUGGCCGUGGUCAUUUUACUUUAUCGCCAUCUUCUGCGGUGCUAUGUUGCCAUUUGUAUUCCUUUUCGUCCCGGAAACCGCCUUCCGAAGGGACGACUCCUUAAAUAUUGACAUCAGAGGCGAGGAGUCUUUCCAGCAUAGCUCUUCUUCCAAUAUCACCCCUGUGUGCGAAAUACGCCCCACCGAGGACGGACAAAGUCCAGACUCAAGCAUUCCGGUCUCCUUCAAAAAGGAUCACUUCUCAAUCUCAGAACAUCGCUCUACUACACAGGUCCCCCCUAAAGUCAGCUUUGCCCGCUCUCUCCUCCCCUUCAAUGGCCGGAAGACAGACGAAAGCUUCUUGAGACUAGUUCUCCGUCCGAUCCCCCUCUUCCUUCAUCCAGCCAUUUUUUGGGCAUGUCUAAUACAAGGCGCCCUCAUUGGUUGGACUGUUAUGAUUGGUGUGGUUCUAGCUGCGAUAUUUCUCGGACCCCCCCUUUGGUUCGACGAAGUACACACCGGCUAUAUGUACACAGGACCAUUUAUUGGAGCAAUAUUGGGCUUCCUUUUAGCAGGUUUGUUAGCUGAUUGGAGCACAAAGAUAAUGAUUCGGAGGAACAACGGAGUUUAUGAACCGGAGUUCCGUAUCAUACUUGUCGCGGCACAAUUGGUAUGUGGAUGUGCGGGACUGUAUGGAUUUGGGAUCACAGCAAAUAACGUUGCGAAAUAUGGUUGGUUUUGGCCAGAUUUUUUUUACGCGCUGGAGGUAAUGGGCAUGGUCCUCGGCGCUGUUUCUAGUGCAUUGUACAUCGUCGAUGCACAUCGGGAUAUCGCUGUCGAAGCCUUUACAUGCCUUCUAAUAUUCAAAAACCUGUUCAGCUUCGGGUUAACGUGGGGAGCGUACCAUUGGCUUGUUCAAGGCGGCAUACUAAAAGUUUUCUACGUCAUUGCAAGCAUUCAGGUUGGCAUUUGCCUGCUGAGUAUUCCCAUGUAUGUCUUGGGUAAGAAGAAUAGAGCUUUCUUCAGCCGGCACGACUUGUUGAAGAUGACGCAUCUCUGGUGA